GACUCCAGAAGUGCCGGUUGGGGCAAAUAAUGUACUCGCAUGCUGAAGAAACAGAGUAAUACAAAACAACUGUAAAUUACAUUCACGCGUGGAGUAUAAACAGGACCAUACUUUCUCCCACCUCACACAACAGCGAUAUGGAUGCAGAAGGUUUUGGGGAGCUGCUGCAGCAGGCAGAACAGCUGGCUGCUGAGACUGAAGCAGUGUCUGAACUGCCCCACGUUGAACGGAACCUUCAGGAAAUCCAGCAGGCGGGGGAGAGGCUUCGAUCCCGCACCCUGACCCGCACCUCCCAAGAUGCCGCAGACGUAAAAGCGUCCAUCCUCCUUGGUUCCAGAGGUUUAGACAUCUUCCACAUUUCUCAGAGGUUGGAAAGUCUUAGUGCUGCCACUACAUUUGAGCCCCUGGAGCCAGUCAAAGACACGGACAUACAGGGCUUCUUGAAGAACGAGAGGGACAACGCCCUGCUGUCCGCCAUCGAGGAGUCUCGCCGCAGGACGUUCCUGCUGGCUGAAGAGUACCAUCGGGAGUCCAUGCUGGUUCAGUGGGAGCAGGUGAAGCAGAGAGUGCUGCACACACUACUCGGAGCAGGAGAAGAUGCUCUGGACUUCAGUCAAGAUGUGGAGCCCAGCUUUGUGAGUGAAGUGACAGCUCCAGGAAGAAGUGCAUUGGACAGCGUGGAGGUGGCCUAUGGACGCCAGAUCUACAUUUUUAAUGAGAAGAUAGUGAACGGUCACAUUCAGCCUAAUCUAGGAGAUUUAUGUGCUUCAGUAGCAGAAAGCCUGGAUGAUAAGAAUGUAUCAGAAAUGUGGCUGAUGGUGAAGCAGAUGACAGAUGUGUUGCUGGUUCCAGCCAAGGACGCUCUGAAGAGUCGCACUAGUGUUGAAAUGCAAAUGGCCUUUGUACGUCAGGCACUCACCUUCCUUGAGAACAGUUAUAAAAACUACACCAUGGUGACUGUCUUUGGGAACCUCCAUCAGGCCCAACUAGGAGGGGUGCCCGGAACAUACCAACUAGUCCGCAGCUUCCUUAACAUCAAAUUACCAGGGCCCCUGCCUGGCAUGCAGGAUGGUGAGAUAGAAGGCCACCCAGUGUGGGCUGUGAUCUACUACUGUCUGCGUUGUGGUGACCUGAAUGCAGCCAUGCAGGUGGUGAACAGAAUGCAGCAUCAGCUGGGAGACUUCAAGACCUGGUUUCAAGAGUACAUGAACAGCCCUGACAGACGCCUUUCCCCGACCUCAGAGAACAAGCUUCGCCUGCACUACCGCAGAGUGCUGAGGAACAGCGCUGAUCCGUAUAAGAGAGCUGUCUACUGUGUGAUUGGAAAAUGUGACAUCAAUGACAACCACGGAGAGGUAGCGGACAAGACUGAGGACUACCUCUGGCUUAAGCUGAACCAGGUGUGUUUUGAUGAUGACGGCAGCAGCUCUCCUCAGGACAGACUCACCCUGCCGCAGCUACAGAAACAGCUGCUGGAAGACUACGGAGAGUCCCAUUUCUCUGCGAGCCAGCAGCCCUUCCUGUAUUUUCAGGUGUUGUUCCUGACAGCUCAGUUUGAGGCGGCAGUGGCUUUUCUGUUUCGAGUUGAGCGACUUAGGAGUCAUGCUGUACACGUGGCGUUAGUCCUGUAUGAGCUACGCCUGCUCCUGAAGUCGACUGGUCAAAGCGCUCAGCUGUUGAGUCAGGAGCCCGGUGACCCUCCCAUGGUACGUCGCCUCAACUUCAUCCGUCUGCUCAUGCUGUACACUCGCAAGUUUGAGUCCACUGAUCCACGGGAAGCAUUGCAGUAUUUCUACUUCCUACGCAAUGAAAAAGACAACCAGGGGGAGAACAUGUUCAUGCGUUGUGUCAGUGAACUUGUUAUUGAGAGUCGAGAGUUUGACAUGCUUUUGGGAAGAUUAGAGAAGGACGGCGGUAGGAAGCCUGGAGUCAUAGAUAAGUUUGCUGGGGACACCAGAGCUAUCAUCAGUAAAGUGGCUCUAGAGGCUGAGAACAAAGGUUUGUUUGAGGAGGCGGUCAAACUCUACGAGCUGGCCAAGAACCCAGAUAAGGUGUUGGAGCUGAUGAAUAGGCUGUUGAGUCCGGUCAUUGCUCAGGUCAGCGCACCUCAGUCCAAUAAGGAGAGGCUAAAAAACACUGCCGUGGCCAUCGCUGAGAGGUAUCGGUCUCAGGGUAUAGCAGGAGAGAAGUCAGUUGAUAGUACCUUCUAUCUGCUGUUGGACCUGAUGACGUUCUUUGAUGAGUACCAUGCAGGUCACGUCGACAGAGCUUAUGAUGUGAUGGAGCGUUUAAAGCUUCUUCCUCUCAGUCAGGACAGCGUGGAGGAGAGAGUAGCUGCUUUCAGGAACUUCAGUGAUGAGGUGCGUCACAACCUGUCUGAAGUGCUGUUGGCCACUAUGAACAUCCUCUAUACACAGUACAAACGCCUAAAGGGGGCACCAGCUGGCACACCAGGACGACCACAGAGGACCAUAGAGGACAGAGAUUCGCAAUUACGCAGCCAGGCCAGGGCCCUGAUCACCUUUGCUGGCAUGAUUCCCUAUAACAUGGCCGGAGACACCAAUGCAAGACUGGUGCAGAUGGAAUUACUGAUGAACUGAGACAUCAUCAUAAGCACGCACGCACGCACACACACACACACACACAAACACACACAGAGUGAACAGAAACCUUUGGCCUUUUAAAGACCCACUCAUUCAUACACUCACCCACCAUCUUGUUUCGUAAAAGCCGCUGCGUUCAUCAUCGUGUUAACUGAUGUGUUAUUUUGCCCAUCUGAUAUCCUGUCAGUCUUGUUUUUGUUCUGUUGUUUCCAUUGUGUUGUUUCAUAUUUGUAUCUUUGAUGAUUUGGAAUAAAAAAGUUUGCUUUUCA